UCUAUUGAAAACGCGCCACGGAUCAUCAGUCAGCCGUUUGAGGAGAGUCGAGUCGAGUCACUGAAUCAGCAGGAAUGGCCCCGGUAUCAGUCAAACGCGUUUUAAUAAGCGAAAGCGUCGAUCCCUGCUGCAAAACGAUUCUGCGGGAGAACGGCAUCGAAGUGACGGAGAAGCAGCACAUGUCUAAAGAAGAGUUGAUGGCAGAGAUUCAGGGUUAUGAUGGCUUAGUUGUCCGAUCAGCGACCAAAGUUACUGCUGAUGUCAUCAGUGCUGGCAGUAACUUGAAGAUCAUUGGACGGGCCGGAACCGGAGUCGACAACGUGGACGUGGAUGCAGCCACUAAGAGAGGCAUCAUUGUCAUGAACACUCCGAGUGGAAACACAAUCAGUGCUGCGGAGCUCACCUGUGCUCUUUUGAUGAGCUUAUCAAGACAUAUUCCACAAGCUGUCAUGUCAAUGAAGGAUGGAAGAUGGGAUCGGAAAAAGUUCAUGGGUGCAGAGCUGUAUGGAAAAGUCCUUGGGAUUGUAGGGCUCGGAAGAAUCGGCAAAGAGGUGGCGACAAGAAUGCAGUCCUUUGGUAUGAAGACCAUUGGUUACGACCCCAUCACCCCUCCGGAGGUUUCUGCGAGCUGGGGUGUGGAGCAGAUGUCUCUGGAGGAGCUGUGGCCUCAGUGUGAUUAUAUCACAGUCCACACUCCACUCAUGCCCUCCACCACAGGUCUCCUUAAUGACACUUCAUUUGCUAAGUGUAAGAAGGGUGUGAAGGUGGUGAACUGCGCCCGUGGAGGCAUCAUCGAUGAAGCCGCUCUCCUCCGGGCUCUGGAGUCAGGACAGUGUGGAGGAGCAGGGCUGGAUGUGUUCGUGGAGGAGCCUCCAAAGGAGCGCGCGCUUGUGAACCACCCCAGUGUGAUCAGCUGUCCUCACCUGGGAGCCAGCACUAAAGAAGCACAGUCCCGCUGUGGGAAGGAGAUCGCCCUGCAGAUUGUGGACAUGGCCACGGGCAAAGCGUUAGUGGGAGCCGUGAAUGCUCAGGUGUUGGUGAGUUCUUUCUCUCCUGACUCUCAUCAGUGGAUCCUGCUGGGGGAGUCCAUGGGCAGAGUGCUGAAGGCCUGCACCGCUUCUAAACAACCCUACAGUCAGGUCCACGUCACAUCGCUGGGGGAGUCCUUGAAGAAAUCCACUGGGUUUUUGAGCUCAGCAGCUGUAGUCGGUUUGCUCACUGAAGGUCCUCAGAAGGCCCCUAAUUUAGUGAAUGCGCUGCCUCUAGCUGCGGAGACAGGAAUUACAGUGCAGGCGGAUCAUAAAGACGAUGAGCGUGAGGCGUGUGUGCUGGAGGUCUCUGUGAACGGCAGCAGCUACAAGGCUGUCGGUUCGGUGCAGGCCGGGGGUCCAGUGCUGCUGGAGCUGAGCGGAAGCGUGUUUCGACAGCCUGUUCCUCUCACUGGACACCUGCUGUUCUUCAAAGCCGCCGCCUCCACUGAGCUCCUGCUCUCCGUAACCGGGGUUUUGGCGGCUGCAGGUGUGGAGCUGCAGUCCUUCAGUGCUUCUACUGCCGGCAGUGGUGAGCAGUGGUACUGCAUGGGCAUUUCUUCUCUGCUGGGGGACAUAGGGGCCCUGAAGUCCUUGGUGAAAGAGGCAGCACAGCUCACAGUCUGAAUAUCUGUGACCGAUCCUGAUCUGAACCACGUAACAUUCCAGCAUCUUAAGCUCUAGCCUGAGUUUCGUAGCACUCACAUCGCUCAUCAACACUUCAAUGCCUAAAACAACAGUAUGGAAGAAUAGUCUUAUUUUUACUUUUUGUUGUUUAGUGUUUACUAAAGCCACUGUAUUCCAAAUAUGUGAAAGUGAUUGAUUAAAACAACAACAACCAGUGCUUUGCAGUUGAA